AUGCUUGAAAUGGUUAAGGUGAUUCUGAAGGUUCUUGCCCGUGGGCUUCCAGAGCAUUGGGGAUGUUCGCCUAAUGUCUUUGACGAAUUGACUAUCAAUCCUUCCGCUCCUUUGCGUCUUCUUCAUUACGCGCCCCAACCGGUGAAGCAUGAUAACCAAUUUGGUGUGGGCGAUCAUACCGACUUCGGGAAUGUCUCUGUCCUCCUCCAGGAGGAAGACACGGAGGGACUGGAAGUCUUUUAUCCGCCAACGGAAACCUGGGUUCCUGUUCCUGUCAAGGAACAUUCCUACGUGAUUAACAUGGGCGAUAUGAUGCAGAAAUGGACAGCCGGAUACUACCGGAGCGCGCGUCACCGCGUUGUCAAUCACAACGUCAGGUCAAGGUACAGUGCACCGUUCUUUCUGAAUGGGAAUCUCGACCUGAAGUGCCGGGCUUUGGAUGGUUCUGGGGUUGAGACGGUCAUUGGUGAGCAUAUUCGGCGACGGCUGAUGGAGACUAUUGGGGGUGAGGCUGGUAGGAAGUUGGGUCUUUGA